UCUUCCUGUUCAGGCGAAAGGACGGAACUGCGUUUCUCUCAUUUUACGACUAUUUUUUAGCGAAACCGAAGCCGAAAUCGAGUUUUCUGAACAAUGGGAGCCGUGCUGGGAGUGUGCAGCUUGGCCCAGAUGGCCUGCUGCUGUGGCUCCGCUGCCUGUAGUCUCUGCUGUUCAGCUUGUCCAUCAUGCAAGAACUCAACAUCAUCACGUCUUAUGUAUGCUAUAAUGAUGCUACUGGGCACCAUUGUAGCUUGCAUUAUGCUCUCCCCAGGUCUUGAAAGUGCUUUACAAAAGAGUUGUUCAUUUGUUGAGGAAGUACAGGUCUCAAAGGUAGGUUUGAUAUUACUCUUUAGCCAUGUUUCUUGGGAAUCCAUGUACACUGCAGCAAAAAUUGUACUGAGUGGGGAAGUAAUAUGUCUUCUGUGCUUCAGAUUUUUCCCAUGUGUCUCCCAGCACCAAGCACAUGACCAAGGUGCAUAUAUAAACACACUCCAAAUCAGAGCUCAGACACUGGGAUACAUAAAUACAUGCAUUCUCCUCAAUGAACCCACAAUUAUGUGUUCACUACUGAACAUGCGUCAGAAAAAUAUUCCUAUCAAUGUCGGUGACUUCUUCAGGUUAUUAAGGAGGUCCUUCUGUGAUAGUGGUAAGGAACCACUUCUUGGGGCUGAACUGAUGCUUAUCACAUUUUCAAAAUCCAAGAUUUUGGGCCUAAUACCCGGUUUCAUUGGAGCAAUCAUUGGAGCGUUCUUCAUUCCUCACGGGCAGUUCGGACAAGUGUGGAUGUACUUUGGCAUGAUCGGGGGCUUCCUGUUCAUUUUGAUCCAGCUGGUACUCAUCAUCGACUUUGCACACUCCUGGGCCGAGUCCUGGGUCGACCGCUACGAGGAAACUGAGAGCCGUGGAUGGUAUUGUGCUCUGCUGUCCUUCACCUUCCUGCACUACGCCCUGGCCAUCACUGCUAUUGUUCUCUUCUAUGUGUUCUACACUACUUAUGAAAGCUGCAGCCUCCACAAGUUCUUCAUCUCCUUCAACCUGAUCUUGUGUGUGAUCAUCAGCAUCAUCAGCAUCCUUCCCAAGAUCCAAGAAGCACAGCCACGAUCAGGCCUCCUGCAGGCUUCAGUUAUCACCCUGUACACCAUGUAUCUGACCUGGUCUGCCAUGACCAACACCCCAGACAAGGAGUGCAAGCCAAACUGGGUCUCUGUUAUUAAUGGAAAUGAGCCAACACCUGCUCCAGAGUCUGAGGCACGCUUCAGGCACAGACGUUAUUAUGGCGAAGAACCCAAAUUUGAUGGAGAAUCAAUUGCAUCCCUGAUCAUCUGGUUCUGCUGUGUCCUUUACUCCUCCAUGCGCACGGCCUCCAACUCCCAGGCAUCGCGGCUGACCAUGUCUGACAAGGUGCUCCUCAAGGAUGACUCGACUGCCCGUAGGAGCCUGGGCGACAUUCCCCUCGUGUCCAACGAGGUGUUGCAAGGCGCUUCAGGAGACCCAGAAUCAGGUGAGGGCCACCAUGUAUGGGACAAUGAGGAGGAGGGAGUAGCUUACUCCUGGUCAUUCUUCCACAUCAUGUUUGGCCUUGCCACACUCUACGUCAUGAUGACACUCACCAACUGGUUCACACCCAACUCCGACCUCACCACACUCUCCAGUAACAUGGCUGCUGUCUGGGUUAAGAUUGUAUCCAGCUGGAUCUGCCUCCUUCUGUACGGAUGGACCCUGAUUGCACCCGCAGUCCUCACCAACAGGGACUUCAGCUAAAUACCACUUAGCUCAAGCAGUAGAGGGAGAAAGAUCCCAUUUUUUGCAAAGCCUCUGAAAAAUUUAGCUUUGGCAACUUUUAGAUCUUAUGGGAUAACAAGUGUCUUUGAUGUGAAUACUCUGAUUAAAGAAAAAAGCCAUGGUAUUUAAUAGGAAGGCUAGGUUGUAUGUGCAUGCAUUUUAAAGAUCUUGUACGUCAUUCAUUCACUAUAUUCAAAGAUUUUUUUGUGUUAAUUACAGUUACCAGAUGUGGCUUUGUGGUAGAGGUUUGCAUAAGACAUAGCAGUUAAUUGAUCAAUUCUCAUUUUUUCUUCUUUUCUUUUACUUUUUUUAGAUUGAUAUACCUGUUGGUCAGCUUUUUAGAUUAAAAGGCAAAAAAUAUACAUAGAUACCUAAGUAAGUUAUAAAUUGUGAUGAAAAUCAUUCCUCUUAAUCAAAGCAAGUGUAAUUUGUUACCCCCCCAAAUAUGUGAUUUGAAUUUUGUUUCCACACUUUCAUAUGCACACACACUCACACUCACACUCAUAUAUAUUCCUUCCUUCAAAUGUUUUAGGGUUGUUUGUUAAAAAACAAAGAAAUAUAACAUUUUUCCUCCUUUAUAUCUGCUAGUCACGUCUUACAGGAUUUUUCCCCCAACUUUAACAUUAAGCUCAGAUGAAACAAGGUCUACACAUGUAGGUGGUUAUUUGUAAAUUCAUUAUUGUGUAACAUUUAAGUGUGUAUGGUUGGUGUAAAUGUUUUUAGAGGCUUGUAACUUCAGUAUUUAUCAUUGAACUAUCAAUAUUUUUUUUUUUUUUAUCGAUUUGUUUUGAGAGUGCAAUUUUUAGAAUGUAUUCAUGAAGACUGUUAGUCCGUUUUUUUGUUAUCGUAUGAUUUUGAAUUAUAAAAAGUUUUUUUUUUCAUGAAUGGUAUGAAACAAGACAAAGAUAUAUUAUUCUGUAUUAGGUUAAUAAAAAAACUUUCGAAAUGGAAGGUUACUUUUAAUAGCUAAAAUUCCUUCACAAUAAGUAUAGAUUCAAAUGUGCAAGCAAAUUCUAAAUUUGCACUAAAUUUGUAACUUGCAAUGAGGAGUUAUUUGUUAUGUGAUAUUCUCCAUUUGGAAAGGAUUAUUUGUAUGAAAUUAUUUACAAUAUAUAUAUAUAUGUAGAGAAAGAGUGGUUGUGUGUUUGAAAGCAACACUUAGAAACAAUUAAGUUUUUUAUAAUUUCCAUAAAGAUUUUAUUAACCAAUGUCAGGAAUGAAAAACAUUAUUAGGUUUGAAGCAUCCCUCUUUUCUUUAUUAUUCAUUGAUGUUUGCAACCCUUGAGAUACCAAGUUCAUGUUUGUGCAGAAUAUCAGCAACACUCAAAGUAGAGUUGUUCAUGUUGUCUGUCCUUUAAUAUAGGCUGCCAUUAUUUUCCCUGAAAGUAUAUUGGUGUUUUUCCUUUUGUCAAUAGAUUUUUUUCUUCUUCUUCUUCUUUUUCUUUUUCUUUUUUUUUUUUUUCUUUUCUUUCUUUCUUUUUUAGAAUUUUGUGUUCUGUUUUACUCAGAUUUAACUCUGAGUGUUUAAGAAGUAGGCUACAAUGGUUUUAAAGAUGUGUUGGUACUUAAAAGAUAUUGUAGACUGUGAUUUCACUUGAAUGUAUUUCAAAAAGUAUAUACAUAUUCUGUAAUCCCAAAUUCUGUUAAACUUGCUAAUCACCAAAUGUAAUUUAUUGUGUAUCGAUGAACAAUAAAUAUAACCCUGAAAUAACAUUCU